AUGAAAUCAAAGUUAAAAGCAAAGGAAGAAAUUGAAGAGUAUAAAUAAAUGCUAGUAAAAUUAUAUAUUUAUUAAGAUAGAAAGCAAAUAAAUGUGUGAAUCAAGAAAAUUUGGUGGUAAGAAUGCUAGAGCCAGAUGA